AUGGUCCUCGGAGAUGCUAUAAAAGUCUUGGUUGGAAAUAAAGUUGAUAAAGAAGUGGAAAGAGAAGUUUUAUUUGAAGAAGGCCAAAAAUUUGCAAAUGAUUGCCAAAUGAUUUAUCUGGAAACAUCAGCUAAAACAGGGUUGAAUGUUGAGAAUUUGUUUAAUUUUAUUGCUGCAGAAAUUUUGACCAGAAUCAGAAAUGGGCAAUUAGACAUAGAGGCUUAUAGUAAUCAAGGCUAA